AUGACAAUGGCAGCUUCACGAAUUGUAGUAUUAUGUAUUCUCUUCAGUUUCUGCUUUUGUGAUGGCUUCAGGAUAUUGGCUGUUUUUCCAUUAACAAGCGCAAGUCAUGGUAUUCUUGGAGAUAAUAUGGUCAAAUACCUCAUUGAAUCGGGACAUGAAGUUACGUACAUUACUCCGUUCUUGAGAAAAGUGGUUCAUCCGAGUCUACACAUUGUUGAUGUAUCAGAAAAUAGCAAACUGUUUAAUGAAAACACAAUGAACGUAAAGCUGAUCAUGGACAAUGUAGUAGACUUCCAAAACACAGAUUUAAUGACCAGUUUGCUGGUAAACAUUGCAUCGCAUACUCUGGAAAACUCAAAUGUUCAACAACUUAUUCAGGAUCCGAAUCAAAAGUUCGACGUUGUGAUCGGAGAGUGGAUGUUCAGCGAGCUUUAUUCUGUGUUUGCAGCCAUUUUUGAGUGUCCACUGAUCUGGUUUUCCACAAUCGAGCCUCACUAUAUCAUAUUAAACAUGGUGGACGGACCUACAAACCCAGCCUACACUAAUGACUAUCAAAGCAAACAUGUUCAUCCGUUAUCGUUUAUAGAGAGAGGGUAUGAGCUGUGGAAGCAAAUAAGUGUUUUAAUAAAUAAGACCUACAAAUUCUACUAUAAAGAAGAAGAAGUCUACCAACGUUUAAUAGCACCAAUCUUAAAGAAAAGAGGUAGACCAGUACCUUCAUACGAAGCGUUAAGAUACAAUGCAUCUCUCGUACUAGGCAACACUCAUGUGGCUUUGGGUGAUGCCUUCGCUAUGCCUCAGAACUACAAACAUAUUGGUGGAUACCACAUUGACAAAAUAACUGCACCUUUGCCAGAGAAUUUAGAAAACUUGUUAAGCAACGCGAAACACGGAGUCAUUUACUUCAGUAUGGGAUCAAAUAUUAAAAGCAAGGAUAUGCCCAUAGAACUUAAACGAGGUAUUUUAAAAGUAUUUGGAAAUAUGAAACAGACUAUUAUAUGGAAGUUUGAAGAAGUAUUGUCCGAUGUACCUGAAAACGUUCACAUUUUGCGGUGGGCACCACAGCAAAGUAUCUUGGCUCAUGUAAAUACAGUUCUCUUCAUAACCCACGGCGGUUUACUCUCAUUGACGGAAGCAGUUCAUUUUGGUAUUCCCGUUAUUGUCAUACCAGUAUUUGCAGACCAGUUCGCAAAUGCCUUGAGGGUUGAGAGGAAAGGUUAUGGUAAAAAACUUGAACUCUCUUACACAAUGUAUGAAGAUCUAAAGAUAGCCAUCAAGGAAAUUCUGUGCAAUUCGAAAUACUCCAAAAAAGCGAAAGAAAUUUCACUGGCAUACCACGAUCGUCCCAUGAAUCCAAAAGAAGAGUUAAAUUUUUGGGUAAACCAUGUGAUACGCACUCAGGGAGCGCAGCAUCUACGUUCUCCAGCGCUUGAGUUACCUCUGUACAAAAGACUAUUUCUAGAUGUGAUUGCAGCUAUUUUAGUGUCGAUUUUAAUUCUUAAAACUAUUAUUUGUUACAUUAUAAAUCUGUUCAGUGUAAAAGCAAAGCAUGAGAAAGAAAAACGUGCUUAA